AUGGCGGAGCACCUCGCUGUGGAGGACGAACACCUGGAUCUCAAUGACAUCAACUUCAUCUGGAUCUCAGCCGAGGUGUCUGACGACAAAUACAUCCGCGCCAGAGUCACCAGACAGGAGUUCUUCAACACGGGAGCUAUAGUCUACGAGGUGACCGUGAUGGACAGAGGGAUGUUUCCGGGUCAGGCCCUGGCAGGGGAGCGUCUGCAGUACGUGAGCGUGCUGUUGAAGGUGGGCAACUCGGAGAUGCAGUGCUACCAGGACAGAGAAUCAGGAAUGUCCCUCACGGGCCAGCACAAUGUGCCUGUCUACAUUGGCUGUGCUCCAGGAAACCGGCUGGCGUUCGACAUCAGCACCACUCUAGAGCAGUGCACCCGCCUCAACAAGCGCUACUUCAACUGCCCCAAGCCUGACCCCAUCAUGCCCUGCUUCUUCUACAAUGACAUGUUCUAUCCCUUCUUCCUGAUCCAGGACAUGGUUUCUGGAAAGUCGGAGCCGUUCCUUGGGAGCUAUACCUUCAAGAUUGUGGGUGGAGGGCCAUUCUCCAAAGACAACAUACGCCUCUUCUCUCCAGAAGAGGUGAUGAGGUACAACAGUCUCAACUUCAGCUCCUCAAAGACCAUGGUCUGGAUGUUUGACGAUGUGAAUCCCUCGUUGAACGUCACCAAAGAGGGUUAUGUGGUCCUGCAUGGCACCACCAACAGAAUCAAGUGGCUGUGCCAGAGGUAUUCCCCCUGCGGUGACUUGCCAGCUCUGAGGCUCCAGGCUCCAGACUACUUCUUCAUCAUUGAGAUCUCAAACAAGGACGUAGAUUUGAGUACCUACUGUGACUAUGCGCUGCAGUUUACCCUCCACGUGCAUGGCUUCCCAUUGGAUCCUCACAGGGGACUGUUCUACAUGCUGAUGACUUUAGCCACCUUCUCGGCAAUCCUCUUCAGUUUCAUCGUGUACAACUGCUGCGGCCCAAGCUUCCAGCGCCUGGCUCAGCUGACCUACAUGGCCGCCCAGCAGUGGAACAAGGCAGACACUGAUUCUGACAUCUCCUUAAGAGACAGUGAGCAUAGUGUACUCAGACAACUCGAAUGAAUCCACGGCCAGCUUU